AUGUGUUGCGCGUCAGGAAAAGUUCAACUACCCGACAUUGAAACACCACCGGAACCAUUGAACGGUUUACUUAUCGGCACGGAUCCAGAUUCUAACGUGUUCUUGAAGUCCAUUCGAACAUUCAAUUCAUGCUUUCAAAUGACAUCGUUCGGAGCAACAGAAAUAGUUCGAAAUACUAAUUCACUUGGUCAACAAUACAAUUCUACAUUUAAAAUUAGAGGCCAAGUUUAUCAUAAAAUAGGCUCAUUACUGCCAAUGCCAAACGAAGCACAUAAAUUUUUACAAAUCUACUUUAUGGGCGGCGAGGAUUCCGGAAGCGCACUUGCCAAUCGUGUGAAUGCACGUUGUGACUAUAACAACCUUGAUUCAUUUUUUUUCAUAUGA